UAUCCAUUUAUAAGUUGCCGUGGAAGCGGCGUAGACGUUCGUUGACAACUUUUAAAAAUGAAUUAUUUAUAAUAUAAGUGAUCAAUACUCACCGAUUUCAAAAUGAAGUUCCUUGCUGUUUUUCUAUUAUGUCUGACUAUGUGGAGUGGUGCAGCGGCAAAAUGCGUAAUGUAUGGUGAUUGCUACAAUGUGAACGGCUUUGAUAAACCCUGUCCUGUCGACAAAGACCCAGUGCAAUUGAUCUCAGGAAUAGAAGAUGAAGAAGAGGCAAAAGAAAUUGUCAGGAUAUUCAAAAACAGAUGCCCAACUCUUGCUCAAGAUGAGGAAGGGAAUGAUUUGCCAGAUGACCAGAUACAUACAUGUUGCGCACCUCAUCAAAUAAUCAAGAUGUCAGAAAGUUUAACACUUGCCGAGGGAGUUCUUGGACGUUGUCCAACAUGUUUCAGAAAUUUCGCGAGACAGAUCUGCGAAAUGAACUGUGCAAUGGAUCAGUCACGGUUCCUGGAGAUUGUACAGAUAGAAAAUGGCACUGAUGACAUCCAGUACAUUAAUGAGAUAAAUUACAGAGUUCACAGUGAUUUCAUGUUAGGAGCCCAUGCGUCAUGUUCCGGCGUAAUUGUGCCUCAGACUGGGUUGCCAGCCAUAAACAUUAUGUGUGGGAAUGCAGUAGUUUGUGAUGCAGAUGCUUGGUUUGGAUUUACUGGUGAUACGAGUACUAAUCCUUUGGCUCCAGUGCAAGUUAAUUUUUUGCGGUUAAAUUCUACAGAAGAUACCAUGAAUAAGCGUGCUUUGCCGUGUAAUGAAACUUUUGGCGAAGACCUACCCUGUAGUUGUAUGGAUUGUGGGGCUGUGUGCCCGAUAGGAACUGAACCAGUUGUCCUUGAUAUUUGUACAGUUUUGUCCGUUCAUUGUAUUGGAUUCUCUGUAGGAGUAGUAUUUUUCGUAAUAACUACUUUAAUAUUUAUAUUCUUAGCUUUUAAGGACAGACGUGCAUCACUUGUAAAUGAAACUAAGGAAUCGAAAGAAGGUAAAUCAGACGUCAACAAAUUGACUAUUUUGUUCCAAAAAAUAUUUGGGAAAAUAGGAGGAUUUUCUGCUAGUCACCCCGUGUUAGUAAUUAUGGUUACUACUUGGAUCGGUUUCUCAAUGUUCUUUGGCUUUAUAAGCCUUAAUUUAACAGCAAAUCCUUUAGAACUUUGGUCUGCCCCAGAUUCUCGAAGUCGCCAUGAACUUGAAUAUUUCAACAGUCGAUUUGGACCGUUUUACCGCGCUGCACAAGUUUUCUUAACAUUCGAUCUGGAACCAUUUGAAGUUAAUAACGUUACCUAUGGACCUGCAUUCAGGAUAGAGGCACUAGAAGAGCUAGUUAGACUAGAAGAUGCUAUAAUUGAUAUAGGUCGAGAUAAUGGCGGUGUAGUUUUAGAAGACGUGUGUUAUGCUCCCCUUACAGUUCGAGGUCAAAAGACAACUCUCGACCAAUGUGUUACUAUGUCUGCAACUGUUUAUCUAGGUAAUAGCAAAUAUGACAUUAAUAAUGCCACUUAUCUUAAUACCAUUCAGAACUGCUUGAACAAUCACUACGGUUUUAAUUGCUUAGCAUCAUGGGGUGGUGGGUCUGAACCUGAAAUAACAUUCGGAGGUUAUGAAGGCACCGACAUUCUCAGUGCCACUACCUUACUCAUUAACUUACCAAUUUCGAAUCAUCUUCUAGAAGAAGAUUUGCAACCUGUUCUAGAAUGGGAAGCAAAAUUUCUCGAGCUGUUAGAGCACUAUAACGAAAACCUAAAACCUGACUAUGUGGCCGUUUCAUAUGGUGCAGAAAGAUCUAUUGAAGACGAAAUUCAAAGAGUUUCUGUUGCAGAAGCCGUCCCUAUCGCAAUCAGUUAUGUUCUGAUGUUUAUAUAUGUUGUACUUGCCUUAGGUAACGUUAGGUCUUUUAAAACUUGGUUCAUUGACAGUAAGUUUACGGUUGCCGUGUGUAGUAUAGUUGUGGUUAUUUUAGCGAUAUACUGUUCGAUGGGUAUAAUGGGGUAUGCUAAUAUUACGCUUACACUACUUGCUAUCAAUGUCAUACCAUUUUUCAUUUUAUCAAUAGGUAUUGAUAACGUUUUUCUUAUGAUUAAUACUUUACAUGACAUCAAAAGUAAUUUGAAAUCGUUAGAAGGUUUUAUUGAAAACUUAAGUACUGAUAAGAAAACAAAAAUGGUAUUUGAGGAAAUGAUGCGCAGGGUCGGUCCAUCAAUGUUUGUUUCUUCUGUAACACAAAUAACUUGUUUCGCUGUCGGCAGCUUGACUAACUUCCCAGCUGUUGUGACAUUUGCGGUAUUCGCAUCUAUUUCACUGGGUUAUUUAUUCGUUUUUCAAGUGACCACAAUUGUUGCUAUACUUGCCAUUGAUUACAAACGAGCAGCUCAGAAUAGAUUUGACAUUCUGUGUUGUAUUCGAAAGAAAAUACUGGAUGAUGAAAACCCGUUGCAUUCUGAGACUUCCUACAAAGGUAUCACUCAAAGAUUAAUGGAACCGUAUUCAAAAUUCCUUCUUAAUUGGCGUGUGAAAAUCAUAGUAGCGAUUUUAUUUAUGGCAAUGGUAUCUAUUAGCGUCAUGUUCAUUCCCUUACUUGAUAUUGGAUUAGACCAAGAAUACGCGUUACCUACAGAUUCCUACGUAUAUACCUACCUUCAGUCAGUUAAUACUUUGAUGAAAAUAGGGCCACCGGUGUAUUUUGUUCUCAAGAGUGGAUUAAACUUUUCUGAUCCGGUUCAUCAAAAUGUAAUUUGUGGUGGACAACUUUGUAGCGAUGACUCGUUGACCACUCAAAUAUUUUUGGCAUCUCAACACAGCGAGAUAACGUACAUAGCUUCGAGUUCGAAUUCGUGGUUAGAUGAUUUCAUUGAUUGGAGUAAUUUAUACGGCGGUUGUUGUAAAUAUAACACUACAAACAAUGGAUUCUGCCAAAGUACAGACAACUCACCUGAGUGUUCGUAUUGUGUCAUUGAAAAGUCAGAUUUCGCAAAUGGCCAACUGCGACCAAACAAGGAAUCUUUCCAAAGAUACAUUCCAUUCUUUUUGCAGGAUGCGCCCACUGAUAUUUGUAAUAAAGGAGGCUUAGCCAGUUAUUCAGCCUCUGUUAAUUAUGAACUUAACGCAGAUGGCCUUGCUUCCGUCCAGGACACUAACUUCAUGGCUUACCAUACCUCCUUGGUUACUUCGAAAGAUUACAUAACUGCUAUUAAAUAUGGUUAUGAGAUCAGUCAUGACAUAAUGGCUGCAAUUAAAAAGUACACAGGCUUAGAUAUCGAAGUAUUUCCGUAUUCUGUUUUCUAUGUUUAUUUCGAGCAAUAUUUGACGAUGUGGGGAGAUACUUUCGCGACUAUAUCAUACAGUUUUAUUGGUGCCAUGGUACUCAAUCUAUUGGCGUCUGGUUUUAAUCUACUAACAACUUUUGCAGUAAUGUUUACUGCAAUUCUUGUCGUGCUAAACAUGAUGGGCAUCAUGUACAUUUGGAGUAUUCCUCUUAAUGCCGUAUCUUGUGUCAAUUUGAUUGUAUCCAUUGGUAUAGCUGUUGAAUUCUGCAGCCACAUUGCUUAUGCUUAUAGCACAAGUAAGCUCCAGGGGAGAGAUAGAGUAGCGGAUGCCAUCCAAACAGUAGGAGCUACAGUCAUCACCGGUAUCACGUUCACGAAUAUUCCGAUUAUCGUAUUAGCAUUUUCUUACACGCAGCUGAUAGAAGUAUUUUUCUUUAGAAUGUUUUUCAGUUUGGUCGUACUUGGUUUCAUACAUGGAAUGAUAUUCUUCCCAGUUUUGUUGUGCUAUUUGGAUAGCAUAUUUAAAAAGUAACUGAUGUUAAAAUAAAUAAGUUAUACAGAUCUUGACGUUGUAGUUAAUUUAAGAUUUAGGGAUUAAAUAAUGCCUUUGAUAAAACUAUUAUGUAAAAGUCAUAGGUGCUACUCACAGAUGGCUACGAUAUUAUCACCUUAGACAUAAGAGUAGAAUAAUUUGUAAAUAAAUGUAUAAGUUAUA